GAUGAGGCAGAACUUGUGGUGGGCGUUGUUUUUCGGCGCUUGAGGAGUCUCCCUGCGUUUUUUUUUUUUUGUUUUUUUUUUUUUUUUUUUUUUUUUGUCCUGCCUCCACAAUAAUGAUGGAGGAGAUAGACCGGUUCCAGGUGCCCGCUGUUCGCGCCGAGAUGCAACCACUGGAUCCAACAGCUGCAUCAAUUUUGGACAGAGAUUGUGAUACAAGAGAGGGAGAGACUAUAGCCAUGAACUAUAAGCCAUCCCCACUUCAAGUGAAAUUAGAGAAGCAGAGGGAGCUGGCUCGGAAGGGCUCCCUGAAGAAUGGCAACAUGGGAAGCCCAGUUAAUCAGCAGCCCAAGAAGAACAAUGUGAUGGCACGAACAAGGCUCGUCGUUCCCAAUAAGGGCUAUUCAUCAUUAGAUCAGAGUCCAGAUGAAAAGCCACUGGUAGCCCUGGAUACGGACAGUGAUGAUGACUUUGACAUGUCCAGAUAUUCCUCUUCGGGAUACUCAUCAGCUGAGCAGAUCAACCAAGACUUGAACAUCCAGCUGCUAAAGGAUGGGUACCGGUUAGAUGAGAUCCCAGAUGACGAGGACCUCGACCUAAUUCCCCCUAAAUCAGUCAACCCUACCUGCAUGUGUUGCCAAGCCACCUCCUCCACUGCCUGUCACAUCCAGUAGUGAGGCUGGCAGGCUGUGAUCAGUGCUUUCCACUUUAACUGUAAAACUUAACAGCCAUUGCUUCCUCCUAUGGUAGGACAUGCACCUCUUUGUCUUCAUGGAGCCAGGAGAAACCAAAAAAUUCAUUUUAUGAUUGGUUAAUAAGUUAUUUUAAGCUAUGGUUAAACAAAAGAGAAGUUGCUCAAAGUGCCAGGCAGUGCCUGGCAGAACUGACUGGUCUGGAGAAUAAAUGCAGGAGGGUCCAAAGAUAACUCCUUGGUUUGUGUAGGCACUGGUCAUGUUUUGUAAUGUGUCUGUUCCAGAAUGGGAAGGGUCCUGCCUACUGAAACAAAUCCAUCUGCAAGAUUAGGGGUGAGUCAGAGGUGUCAGAGGGUUUUACCUGUGGGAGGAGGUCAGUUCUUAAUUCAUUCACUAAACCUGAUUCGUUUGCAUAACCAAAAUUGUACGGUAACUGGGGGAUGAUAAUGGGAACAGAGCAGGGCUUCCUUUCUUAUGUCAAGGCUAGCCAGGACUAGCAUGACACAAUUCAUUCACUUUCAAAGAAGACAAAUAGGUGGCAUUUCACUGUGAGUCAGUACUAGCUAGAGCUGUUGUGUCACAUAUCCAAUGCAAUCUAUCCUUAGCUCCACAUUAAAUUAUCACCAAACACAUCAGAUUCCAUCUGAAAUCCAUCCAUGUUCUUCAGGGAUUCAGUCCUUACCUGAGAAUACCAUACUCCUGAGUUCAGUCCAGUCACAUAGACUUCAUCCUAUACUUCAUUCCUGUGAGACACAUCUGCUUCCAAAUAUCUUAAAGUUUGUUCAACUAAGAAAAAUUGAGUCCUGCACAAGACAUAACUAGAGCUGUGCAGUCUGAAGUUCAGUGCCAGAAAAGUUAGCUGAAGAAAGAACAUUUUUACAGAGCUUGGCUGUUGAUAUUCUCUUAACACUGUAUCUCUUGGUGCCUGUGAGAAAGAUUUGUUAAUGCUGAAGGCAUCUCUGUGGUGGUGUCAGACUUGGGGGGGUGUGUGUGUGUGUGUUCAGCAACAGCAGGAUUAUGAACAGCUUCAACUAAAAAAAACUAUGAGAGGACACUACUGUUUAUCCCAUCUCUGCCCACUUGUGAACCAAGCUUGGUCUGUGUUAGAUGUCCCACAUCAGGAGCAAUUGUGUUUAUUUGGUGCUGGAAGUUGGGAAACCUGGUGUUAUAUUAGGUGGCUGGACUGAAUUGCCAGUUUACCAGCAGAUUGUUUUGAAUGCAAAAUUAUUUCUGGAAUGAGGAAAUGUUCUCUCCCUGGCCAGUCUUACACUGCUGGUUUCAGCACGACUAAGGUGACAGAUGGGCUGGCAUUUUUCUCAUAGACAAAAUCUUUUGCCACAGGCAUGACUGUGUGUUCCUGCUCUGCCAGGAGGAAGGACUGCCUACCUUGCAUCAGCGCUUGCUUUAGAUCCUGGGGAAAAGAGAAAGAGAUGGCAAUUCUGAGCUUCUCAUCAGAAUUUCCUUAAGUUGCAAUACAGAACCUGAGCUCCACCCUGAAGGACAGAUCCCCCUCGUCUGAAAUAUUCAUGUAGUGAGCUGAGUCUAAGAAAUCCUCUUUGUGAUUGGGAGGACACCUAUUUACCAUUGUGGGUUUUCACUCUGUGCAUUGCAAGGCACAGUGUCAUCCACAGCAUGAGCAAAAGAACAGGCACACAAGACUCCUGGGCUUUAUUAUUCACUAGCUGGCCCUGGGCAACCAUUAAAGCUGUGUUUGCCCAUCCCCAAAAAACAGGACACUGCCACUCUGACUCCAGGCCACAGAAAGAGGACUGAGCGGUGCUGUUUACUGAGCAUCCCUGCCUCCUCCUUGUGCAGAAGUGCUGGUUAACUUGCCAGCUCCUCUAGGAAAAGAGUGUUUCUCAAUUGAAUUCCUCUCCCUUUCUCAUCACCUGGUAAUGCUGAGAGGGAAUAGUUCCAAAAUGUUUCUAAAGAAGCACAAAGCAUCAGGUCCCCAAGUCUUUGCUUCUUCCUUUGUGUGCCUGCUUUCCUCUCCAGUGCUAGUUCAGGUGUGAGGUUAGCAACUUGUCUGGAGUGGGGGAAAGAGCUCUAACAAGACUCUGUAGGGAGAAAAGAUAAAAGGGAAAAGCAUUCCUUAAGGAGUCUCUUUUUUUUAAAUGGAAAAUGUAGUCAAAACCUAACAGAAAUCCCAUAGUCAAAACAAAUCCUACAAGACAUGGAUGAGUCUCUUUAAAUGUUCACUCUUCUAAAGCAGGACUUUGCAGUUCAGCAUUGUUACCAUGCAACAUCUUCAUCGCAUUUAUCCUUCUGGGUUAGUCUCUGUGCCUUCCAGCUGGGCUGCACACAGCCUUUCCCACAGCCCUUGCUCAGGUGCUUGGAGCAUUUCUCCUGCUGGAGAAACAAGGCAUCUAUUGACAUGGGUCAGCCCUGGGAGACUGCAGGUCCCACAGGUUUCCAUCAUGCUGCUGUCAUGUUCAGUCAAGGACAGCAUGAAGCUUUCUGAGACUGUAUCUCCCAAGGCUGACUGACAUCUCUCCUCUGAAGGUCAGACCUUCUUUCAUAACCACUGUCCCAUGGCACCAUAACCAAGUCCUUUUAUUGCCCCUAUUGCUGUUUUUUGCCUGCCAUGUGCCCUGCGGCAUUCCCUAACCCUGCAACCUUGGAACUGCCCUCAGCCCUUUGCAUUAUGUGAUGUGCACUUGCUUCCAGCACAACCCUUUAAGGUCUCUGGGAGGGAGAUGAAUUUAAAUGUUUACACCCAGUGCUUCCUCCAAAUACAGACAGAAGCACAAGCAAAUGUUUUUCACUGCACACAGAAGGAGCUGGUUGCACAAAUAGCUGUUUUGGCAUGACAGUACAGGACCAUAAAAUGACAUUUUUUUUGGUUUCUCCUCACUAUGCUUUGUAUUCAUAUAUUUUAUUAGGGAAAUAAAGUAGAAAGGGUAGGGAAAAGUAGUUACUUGUGUGGAGUCAUUAUCAGGAAGGCUGAAUGGAUUAAGGCAAUGCACAUGUGGCUAUAAUAGAAAACUGAACACUAACCCUUCUGAAUCAUAGUCCCUUAAGCAGGUUAUGACCAUGGGGCAUGUUUGUUGGCUUUUUAUGGAAUAUGAUGGAAGGCCUGACAGUAUGUAUUAACCGCAGAUUUAGCUGGCUCUCCCUAUAUGGUCUCAUGUUCAGACCUUUGCUUCGCUAGCCCUUGUUCUCAUGAAGGAACUCAACUUACCUGAUGUCUGCUGAAAAUACAAUAAAGCAGAGAGGAAACAGUCUAGGAAGCCCUUGGAGUGUGUGAAAGACAACUUCCUGACACAGCUGGUCAGUGAGCCAACUAGGGAAGGUGCCCCACUGGACCUGUUGUUUGUGAACAGAGAAGGACUUGUGGGCGAUGUGAUGGUCAGAGGCUGCCUUGGGCAUAGCGAUCAUUUCUAUUCUUGGAGAAGUAAGGAGGGGGGUCAGCAGAACUGCUACCUUGGACUUCCAGAGGGUUUAGGAGGCAGUCCUGAAGGGCAAAGGAGUCCAGGAAAGCUGGGCAUUCUUCAAGAAGGAAGUCUUAAAGGCACAGGAGCAGGCCAUCCCCAUAUGCCAAAAGAUGAGCCAGCGGGGAAGAAGAUCACCCUGGCUGAACAGAGAGCUCUGGCUGGAACUCAGGAAUAAAAAGAGAGUUUAUGACCUUUAGAAGAUGGGGCAGGCAACUCAGGAGGACUACAAGGAUGUUGUGAAGUUAUGCAGGAAGAAAAUUAGAAGGGCCAAUGCCCAACUGGAGCUGAAUCUGGCUACAGCCAUAAAAGGCAACAAAAAAAAUUUCUAUAAAUACAUUGGCAACAAAAGAAGGGCUAAGGAGAAUCUCCACCCUCUAGUGGAUGCGAGGGGAAACAGUGACAGAGGAUGAGGAAAAGGACGAGGUACUAAAUGCCUUCUUUGCUUCAGUCUUUAAUAAUAAGACCAGUUGUGCUCCAAGUACACAGUCCCCUGAGCUGGAAGACAGGGAUGGAGAGCAGAAUGAAGCCCCAAUAAUCCAAGGAGAAAUGGUUAGUGAACUGCUACAUCACUUAGACACGCAUGAGUCUAUGGGGCCAGAUAGGAUCCACCCAAGGGUGCUGAUGGAGCUGGCAGAGGUGCUCGCCAAGCUACUUUAAAUUAUUUACCAGCAGUCCUGGCUAACCGGGGAGGUCCACGUUGACUGGAAUUUGGAAAAUGUGACGCACGUCUACAAGAAGGUUUGGAAGGAGGAUCUGGGGACUUAGAGGCCUCUCAGUCUGAUCUCAGUGCUGGGGAAGAUUGUGGAGCAGAUCGUUCUGAGUGCCAUCACGUGGCACAUAGAGGACAACCAAGCGAUCAGGCCCAGUCAGCAUGGGUUUAUGAAAAGCAGGUCCUGCUUGACUAACCUGAUCUCCUUCUAUGAGAAGGUGACCUGCUUAGUGGAUGGGGGAAAGGCUGUGGAUGUUUUCUACCUAGACUUUAGUAAGGCCUUUGACAUUGUUUCCCACAACAUUCUGCUGGAGAAACUGGCUUCUCAUGGCUUCGAUGGGCAUAUUAUCACUGGGUAAAGAACUGGCUGGAUGGCCUGGCCCAAAGAGUUCUAGUGAAUGGAGUCAAAUCCAGUUGACAGUCAGUCACAAACAGUAUUCCCCAGGGCUCAGUACUGGAGCCAGUACUGUUUAAUAUCUUUAUCAAUGAUCUGGAUGAGGGGAUCGAGUGCACCCUCAGUAAGUUUGCAGAUGACACCAAGUUGGGUGGGAGUGUUGAUCUGCUUGAGGGUAGGAAGGCUAUACAGAGAGGUCUGGACCAGCUGGAUUGUUGGGCUGAGGCCAAUUGUAUGAGGUUCAACAAGGCCAAGUGCUGUGUCCUGCACUUGGGUCACAACAACCCCAUGCAACACUACAGGCUCGGGGAAGAAUGGCUAGAAAACUGCCUUGAGUCUUAUGAGAAGUGGCUGAGGGAACUGGGGUUGUUUAGUUUGGAGAGGAAGACACUGAGGGGAGACCUUAUCACUCUCUACAACUAUCUGAAAGGAGGUUGUAGCAUGGAGGGUGUUCAUCUCUUUUCCCAGGUAACAAGUGAUAGGAUGAGUGGGAAUGGCCUCAAGUUGUACCGGGGGAGGUUUAGAUUGGAUAUUAGGAAAAACUUCUUCAUGGAAAGGGUUGUCAGGCAUUGGAACAGGCUGCUCAGGGAAGUGGUUGAGUCACCAUCCCUGGAGGUAUUUAAAAGAUGUGUAGAUGUGGUGCUUAGGGACAUAGUUUAGUGGUCAACUUGUUAGUGUUAGGUUAAUGGUUGGACUCAAUGAUCUUAAAGGUCUUUUCCAACCAAAAUGAUUCUAUGAUUCUAUUUUGUGAUUUGGCCAGAAGGUUUUCCUUGUGCCCUUGUUAAAGGCUAUGCUGUGUAUAGAUAUGCGACUGUUCUGGCACUGCUUUCCUUAAACCAGUCUCUGCUGCCAUGGCCCCAAGAAGGCAAAAGCAAAGAGCACAGACUCUGACUCUCUGUCACAGCAUUAUAAAGCUCUAAAAUCUGCAGAGCUGUAGUAAAGCAAAUCGUUCCUUAUUCCAGCAAACCAGAUGAUUUUCUCAGGCCCCGUUUUCAGUCCCAAGUCAUGCAGAAUACUAAAGGGAGGAACACCACAGAGUAUGAAAGGCUGUACAGCUGUCCAUCUAAAUUACCAUACAGAUAGGCUAGCUUUCUUAUUUUGAUGCUUGUGCCUCCACAAAGGAAUUUGCAUUUGAUGCCUCCUAAAGCCAGACUGGCUUUUUGUUAGGAUUUUAUGUAAUUUUAGUCAUCAAAUUACCUGAGUUUAAGCAAACUCUUUCCUUUUAUCGCAUGUUAAUUUUGCCCUUUAAUGUGAGCUGACUUUGGACUCCAGGGUCUCAGCACUCAACUUUUCAGUCAGUGUGAAAACUCCAUAUUCCCAGAUGUCUGUAUGAGGGGGAAUAUCCUCCUAGGGUUGAGGAAGAUCUCUAGAUAGGGUGGUCUAGUCUGCUUUUCUGGUGGUCGUAUAAUAAACUUUGGCCAAAAGAAGGCUGAUGUCCAGGCAACCAUCCCAAAGGCUCAUUUGAUGUCUUAUCAGACAUAUCCUGAAGCCAAUCCUUGGAAGAGCCACUGGAUCAUAUCUGACUUUGCUGCAUAUCUAUCCCCAAUGUGUACACUUGACCAUUGGGUCUGCUCUUCUCUUCUGGCUGUAUUGCAACUGCAAAAGCAGGUGGCCAAGCCUGCUGCACAGACUUCAAAAGAGACUUCAGGAUGCCGUGCUCCCCCACAGAUAGGACUGACUCAGCUGUUUCUGGUUUGGAUCUCUGGCUCCUUUCUCAAAAGGAGACACCUGCUCUUGUCAGCCGUGUGCUGGCUGACACAUUGGUCUGUGAUCCUGAACAGAAUCCUCUUCAUGCAGAAUCUGUCCUCGAUCUGGCCUGCAAGCUAUACAGUGGCAUGCAGGAGGCUUGAAAAGUAAAGUGCCCUGUAUGUGACAAUGGAAACAUGAAAAUGCUUUUGAAGAAAGGAAGGACCCAGCUGGGCAUCAGAUGGAAUGACAGGAAAAGGAAAACAAGCAGUAACUAGAAAGGUUGCCAAGUACUGUCUUGGCCUAAGGCAGAUCCCAGUUGUCCAAGUUAAUCUAUUCAGUACAGUGCUGAUACCAGCAGGGAGCAAAGCUCACUUUCAGAUGCACACACCAGAAACACCAUGUCCCUGAGCUGGCACUGCAGCCAAAUACUACUACAGAGAGUCUGCUAGACUGUUAGAGCAUAGAAAUGAGAUCUGGGAUCCCUUGCUGAUGUUGGCACAUACUACAUGUUUGCUCUAACUUCAGACAAGUUACAUCCCCUCUUGAUAUCCGUUCCCUUCUCCAGCACAGGGGAGAAAGCCACCUUCCCAAGAUGCUACCACUACCCUGCAUGGAUGUUGCCAAGUAUGUGGCAGGCACCAUUGAUAGGAUACCUCUGCAAGCAAGAUGCAAAAAGCAUGCUAUAGAAGUUUUACGUGUAUUUUCAAAGUACUACAAAGAACAGCAGCACAACUCUGCUUUCCCUCUGUUUAACACCUUCUGAUGUUGCUUGCAUGUGCCAGAAGGCUGCAGGGUGGAGGUUUGUAGAGAAAUUAAACAGCUUUGGGGCCAGAUGUUUGGCAAGGUUGUGUUUCCCAGUUAUUUGGCAGCUGGCUCUUGCACAACUGGCUUCUUAAUCUGCAUGCUGCCACAGAGAAUGUGUGAGAUUUGAUGGCCUGACAGCACCAUCCCCUGCUAGUGAUGUUAAGGAAUUUAGGAGUGCAACUGGGAUAGUGAGUGCUGAUGGAAGGGAAAAGAGCAUUGAAGGUCUCCUUUUGUAUAUACCCAUGGCAGUUUCAUGCUCUUAAUUUUAGCAUCCAUGUAAUGACCUGAGGGUAUAAAUUGGCAGUUUUGCCUGGGCUCUUGCUUUACUUUACCAUUCUCCCUUAAAGCUCACAUGGGGUAUGGCCACCCUUACCAAGAAUGAAGCAGGCUUUGUCACCUGGCUGCUGCUCAGCUCAGCAAGCACAGGCUGCAUGUGCCACUGUAAAUAUACCCUGGCUUUGACCUCUUCCACCCUUCAGAGUUAACUCUUCACAUCACUCUCCUAUUUCUACUUCUUACGUCUCAAAAGAAACAUAUGCAUAGAUGGGCAGUGCCACAGGACAAGCUGGGCUAGGUUGAGCCUAAGGGAAAGGCAUGGAAAGAUGUUCAUUUUAAGGUGCUUUUCACCUCUAGGAGAACAUGGCAUCCUUGUCACUUCCUUUCAAGGCUUUCUUGUGUGAGGGAUUGUUCCAAAUCUUGAACCACAUCUCAUCAGACAAACCCACCUCUGUUACAGAGCCACACAAGCCCUGAAGCAGAAGGGCCAGCAACUUAGCAUAGAGGAAGACCUGGGAUUACCUAUAGAAGAUUAAUGCCAGACUAACCAGAUGCAGGUUUCUCACAGGGUCUAGCAUACAUAUUUUAAGUCCCUGUAUUGUGCGGCUGAGCUGCUGCAUUGCUUCCAAAAAAUUACAGUUACAUCCCCUCCUUUGGCCUCCUUCACAUCGGUGGCAAUGCCAGGAUCACAGCAGCUAAAUGCUGCCUGGCUGGGCAGUCCUCUGACAGCUUGCUGAGAAGGCAAAGGCCAAGGACUAAUUGAGACUACAUGGAGUAGAGCACAGUGGCCCACAAAACUAAGCAGCAAGCUAGGUUGCAGAGCAGCAUGGACACCAGCAGGACAGGUUGCAGCUUUCCCUGGUGCCUGCAGAGAGCAGCUCUUCCCAUUGAUUCCCAGACCCAAUUGCCAGGAAAUAUUGGUGGUGGCUCCAAGCCUUUUUCUCUCUGUAAAAAGCUGCUCUAGCAAAAGAUGGAUUUGCUCCUAGAAGGAGCCCAUCUCACUGGUUGUGCUUGGUCUGUGGAGCUAUUCCAUAGUAAUAAAUGGUGAUACAGGUGGUAGAAUUGCAUCAGGGAGUGAAAGGUACAAAAGAAACCUCAUUGAAAUGUGACUCUCUCAGAUGUGACACUGGAAACCAGCACAGUAGGCACCAGGAAAAGAAAAGGACACUGGAAGGCCAUGCUGAGAUAAGUCCCAUUAGCUGCCGAGAUGUUUGCCCUCCCAGAGCAGCAUUUCUCCCCUAGUUACCCAUCCAGCAGCCCCAGAUGAGCUUACCAGGAAGAACUGCUCUCCACCUGGGCUGCCUUCUCCCUUCCACGCUGGUCCCAAAAGAGCUGUGACUCCAUUUGUUACCCACCUUCCUCGAGCCUGCAUGAUUUGGGAAACGUGAAGUUUGUUGGGAGGUGUAAUAUAGACCAAUGGAAAGAGCUGGAAAACUUGGACAAGCUGUCUUCACAACAGCCCUUCUGGUUUUUAUCACCUUGAUCUCCAGCUCACUGAUUUCUCUGCUCAGUAUUUUGCACAGAAAAGCUGGGAUAGCAUCUGUGUUUGGCUUGUAGAUGCUUCUGUCCUGAGACAAACCCAAGGCAAACAUCAGAACAGUGGGAGAUCCAACAACUGUGAUGGUGGAUGAGACAGAGAGCAGGCUGGGAUUUCUCUUCAUCCACCUGAAGGCAGUGGGGCUGAGGGUUAGCCAGGCUACUGUAAAACCUUGGUGUGAUCCAGCAAGCCAAGCUGGCUGCCUUCACUGUCCCAGGAUCAGUGCUGUGGGAGGUCUGGGACCCAAGCACUGGGUCUCAGGCCUGCCAGCCCAUGUGCAAAUAGACUGGAGACCUGCAGCAGAGGCACAGGUGGGAAGCUUGUUGGCUGUGCCCUUUCUGUGCUGGGGCAGGGUGCUGUGAGACAUGCUGGUAGGGCCGUAGCUGUGCAGGGAAAAAGACUCUUGCAGAGGAUGAAGUCUUUGCAGGGGAGAAAACUAAGAAAGUUUUUUCUCCCCCUUUUUGCACAUUUUUAACAAUUUUUACUCCUUGCAUGGAGGUUUUUGAAUUUUCAGUUUAAUAAAGAAGGAAAUGAGUCACCAUUAAAUAGCUUUUUGAAGGGUUCUGAAAGCAGGCACCACUUAAAUGCAGAGAUGAUCUGUGCCUAACAUGCGACUUCCGGACCUCAUUGUACAUCCUGUAGUUGAGUCACCAUGUGCGCCAUGGGGACUGGGAUGGGAGAGUCAAUGCUGACCAUCAUGUCAAACAGCCACAGCUUCCCAAACUCAAGAAGAAUCAGAUCAGGAAGGGGGGAAAGCAGCAGCGACAGUAGAAGGAUAGCUAGUUGUCACAGGUAAACUUCAGUAUCCAUGUCCAGUGGCUAGUUCUAGAAUCACAAGCAUACGUCCUCCUUCCACUCUUUUCUCAAAGUAACUAUUGUCUUCCCCUCUCUGUGCACUAGUGAUGAGCAUCAGAGGUGGGUUGCACCAAAGUGACUCUCAGCCCAGUUCUGCAUCCCCUCACCCACCUGAACCCAAGGCAGUCCAGAUAGGCAUUUGCCAUCCCAAGUCUUAGUUUUUAGUAACCCUGCUUGGGUUUCUUUCCUCGUGUACCAUAGCUUCCUCCCCACACACCCUGGCAGGGCAGUACAGGAGGCUCCAAACAUGUCCCAAGAAGCUUCUUUGCCCCCUGGCAGCAUCUUGCAGACGUGCACCUUACUGGGAAUGUACUGGGUCAGUGCUUGUGAGAUCUGGCGUUGCCAAUCUUGCAUAGGUGGCAGCUGAUGGGGAUCCAGCAGGAGAAGCUGGCAGGAAGUGUCUACUGUCCCUUUUCUUUUUUUGAGGGAGAGUGGGAUAUUUUUUGGCAUUAUGAUUAUUGUCCAUCUUCCAGUGGCCAAGUUCCAGGCUGCAUUAAUAACUGGGGUUAAUUGGCUGUCUGAGCAGGUAUGGAGCUUCACACCAACUUUUAUAGCAAACACUGUGGCUGUGUCCAGAGCCUGGAUACAAGCUGGGUUUCUCCUGUGCUGGAAAAGUUCUUUCAGCAGGCCCCAGAUAGCCAUUUCUGGCAGAUAAUGAAAAAGCACUCCUCAGAGUCUAGAUCAAAUCUGCACUUCCAUUUCAUGUCCUCAGCUUGGAAAAAACACAACCCAAACAAAUGCUUUCCAGGUCUCCUUUCCCUGUGUGAUGCCUGGCACCCCAGGGGAGGGGAUGGCAGGAGGCAUUUGGGGGUCACCGAAAGUGAGAUCUUUUUUGGAUGUAUUUAAUGGAAAUAUCUUUCAGGAGGAGAGACCUCCUGACCUUUGCAUUAAUCUCAGAGCAGGAGAUGAAUGUCCAGCUGUCCUUGCAUAUAGUGAAACAUAGCUGAAACAUGCAAAUGCAAAGUACAGUUAAAUGUAGGGUUUGAUCCAAAUAACCUUUUAAUUAAGAAGAUAAAUUUGUUGUAGCUUGACCUUAGUCCAUGUUAGGAACCUGCUAAUCAUUUGACAUACAGAUUGUAUUAAUGCUGCACUUAACUUGGCCAUUGGUUUUAUUAUUUGGGAGGUUUUUCAUUCCCAAAGCACCAAUCUGCAUAUUAUAUGGGUUUUUUUUUUCUUUCCUUUUUCCGGUUCAGAACAUGUAGCACACUGUUGUACUUCUUUCUGUUCUCAUCCACAUAGAGUAUUGCCUUAAACAGAUCAGUUGUGUUGUGGUUUGGUUUGGGUUUUCUUUUUUCUACCAUCAGUUUUAUGCAUUAAUUUAUUAUUAAAUGUGGAUUUUUUAAAAAAACAUGAAACAUAUUUUUUUUUAACAUUUCCAUUGCAGUAUUUAUCAUUGUUACUGGUUGUGUGUAGUGUAACAGAAUUAAUAUUAAAAAGCAUACAUAUGAAAA